GGUAAAAAAGGUUGGGGACCCCUGUUCUAAGGUGUUGGGGCGAGGACAGAGGGGGGUGAAGGGAAUCAAGUUCUCUGCAAAUCAAUUCUUUAUGGAUCUUACUUUGGGCAUGGGUUAUUAUUCUGCUUAAACAAAAUAGUGCCUUCCCCAAACUUUUGCCACAAAAUAAAAAAAAAACAAGAUUAUCGUUGUAUAAUGUAGUGGCACCAGAGGCUACAAUGAUGGGUGUGAUUUAAAUAUCCCAUUCCUAUAAUAAUAUGGGGUAGUGUCCACAUACACUAUGUGGCCAAAAUGAUUAUAGAAAAUUCAAUGUUAUGUACCCAAACUCUGUCUUUCUUUUCAGAGAGACAGCGGUGUGAUUCUAACUGGAGAGCAUUUGAUGGAAGCUGUUAUUAUAUUGUUACAACUAAGAAGAACUGGAUGGAGACCCAGACCAUUUGUAAAGCAAUGAGCAAUGAUCUGGUUAUUAUCACCAGUGAGAAGGAACAGAACUUCCUUGAAAGUAUUACUGACGACUCAUAUUUCUGGAUUGGUCUCAAAAGGGAUGGAAAUGGAUGGAGAUGGGUGGAUGGAACACUCCAUUAUUUAUCACGUGGAUUCUGGUACAAGAACGAGCCAAACAAUGAAGCUGGAAUAGAAAACUGCGUUCACAUGUGGAAAGAGAAAAAGUGGAAUGAUAAUGUCUGCAAUGUUCAGUAUAAAGCAAUCUGCGAGAAAAAAAUGGCACAUCAUGUAUAGCUAUAUUAAUUCGAAACAAGGCAAUUACAUACAAUGGAAUGAUAUCUGUUUAAAAAUUCUCUUUGCAUACCACUCACGCCCAUACAAUCUUAUACCACUAUCAGGGUCGGACUGGGCCAACGGGACACCGGGAGAAACCCAGGUGGGCCCGGCCCUCAUGGUCCCCCGCUGCCCUAGACCCGCUCCCUGAUAGGGGGGAACUUAAAGAAAACUAUCUAAGGUGCACUGUUCACAUGAUCUCACACAUAUGUGCAGCAUGCCGGAUUUCGCGCAUGUGUGUGAGGGCCCCCCUGAGGUUUGGAACACGCUAGGCUCCAGAUGCAUCAGUCCAACCCUGACCUCUACAGCGGUGCUACAAUAAUCUCACCCACUAUCUUCUAAACUAGUGUAGCACACCCUUGAUUGCACUUUAGUUGUGUGUUUUGUAGUGUGUGGACAGGGCUUCUGCUGCUUGCAUUGUGCCACUGACCCACAUGUACCUGAGCAACUCCCUGCAACUCCUGGUACAUUGGAUGCUCCUCUUGGCAAAAUGGAAUCCAAUCACAAGGAUUUCUUUGCAGCGAUAAUUUGUUUAUUACCAGAAUAACAGUCCAAUAUAUGAAGUGAGCUGUCCCUCUUUCAAGGCAAAAUGUACAAAAUUGACAAAUCUCUCCCAGAGAUGAUAUAAGCAAUAUGUAUUAAUUACCACUCUCUCAAGGUAAUUCCUCCCUGUGGGCAGAACACUUUGCAUAGUAAUCCUCAGCCUGGGGACUUGUAUCUUGGCACCCUACCUGGUCCUCAGCUCACCCACUGAUGUCCCUGCUCUAGUGGUCCACACAGGGGUCCUAACCCCAUUAUUUCUCCUCAUUGAAGUGGAAGCUGCUCACUAUCUUCCCUGAGCAUCACUCUUGCUCCUAGAACACGCACUAGCACUAACUUUUACCAAAACUGUAACCCUAGGUCUGUAACACCUGCCAGAGAGGUGAGAUCCCAGGAAAGAUCUUGAGCACAUGGGGCUAUACCCCUUUAUACUUUUACAUGGUGCAACCUAGUGGGCAAACCUUGAAUUAAUAUUGACCCAGGAAAAGGGACAUAGCUACCAGGGUUCAUUGAAGAACCAACAGUAGGUGGCCAAAUACAAGGGAGUAUAUACCCAAAUCUUAGGGUUCCUACACUAGAAAAACCCCAUCCUGCUAUGAUAGAACUCCAUUCCUUCUACCUCUCCUUCUACAAUUGCAUAUGAUUAAAAGUGAUAUGUACAGAUGACAUUUUUAUGUGUAUUAUAUAUUUUUUAUUUAUAAUUCAUGUAACCCUAUUCUGCUACAGCAUAAAAUCUAGCACUGAUUUUCUUCUUCUUGGCAGUACAGGAGUCCUGUGUCUCCACUACACAGGAGAGCAGGUGCACUAUUGGGGUUAUUUAUAAAACUCAAAUCAAUCAAACUUUUUUUUUUUAUUAAAACAAAGUUGAACAAACUCCCAUCCACGAAUUUAUCAAUAAAUAUUCUUGAAAAAGUCAGAGCAAAAAAAUCUCACAACAAGUAUGUGCGUCAAUUCGAAUUGUAAGAUUGACACUCCGAAAACUCUACUUUAUCGAAUUUUCGCAGUGGAAACUUAACUUUGGAUUAUCGGCGCCGAGCACAAUGUCAAAAAACAACUUCAGGAACAUCUGCUAUUGACUUAUACAUGAUUUACAUGGG